AUGGCCCCUGCACCCGGCGUGGCGAGGCGCGCGCGGCACGGGGGCGCCGCACGGGCUCGUGUGCGUGCGCUGUGGACGGGGUGGCGCACGAAGGCGAAAGAUGCGCCGCCGCCCGCGCGCGAGCGAAAGCGGCCGCACCCGUCGCCGGGCUCGCGCCUGGACGCGCUGAUGCGCCAUCCGCAGCUGCUCGACGCGCCGUGCGUCCCACGGCUGCCGAUCGUCCUGUGUCAUGGGCUGUACGGCUUUGACGUGCGCGGCCCGUUCCUGGGCCUCGAGUACCAGUACUGGUCGGCGACGCUCGAUGUCCUGCGCAAGAAGAUCGGCGCGACGGUGCUCGUGCACGGGGUGCCGCCGACGGGCUCGAUCGAGGAGCGCGCCGAGUCGCUGCACCGAUUCCUGUGCAGCCACCCCGAUGCGCGUGGGCAGCGCCUCAACUUUGUGGCGCACUCGAUGGGCGGCCUCGAUGCGCGGUACCUGUUCUCGCACAUCCGCCCGACCGAGUACACGCCGGCGAGUCUCACGACGCUCGGCACGCCGCACCGCGGGAGCCCGUUCAUGGACUGGUGCAACUCGAACAUUGGCGUGGGCCUCGAUCUGAUCGACAGCAUGAUGGACAGCGUCCAGCCGAACACGGUGCCGGACGACACGCCCGCGCGGCGGGCGCCCUACAGCCUCAAGGCGCCGCUGCUCGCGCGCAAGGAGACGCCGCAGACGUCGCGGCAGCGCCAUGCGCUCAGCUCGCUGAUGCGCGCGCUGCAGUCCGUGUCCAGCAGUGUCUCGAACUACAUCCUGUCCGUGCUGGAUCAGCCCGCGUAUGCGAUGCUGUCGACGCGGUACAUGACGCGCCUGUUUAAUCCGACGACGCCGAACCGGCCGGGCAUCCACUACUACAGCAUUGCGGCGCGUGCGCGCGACAUGUCGGUGCUGCACCCCCUGUGGCUGCCGAAGCUCAUCCUCGACAAGGCGGCGACGACCGGCUCGUGUGGCGCGGACACCGACGGCAGCCACGACGCGCGAGGCACGGCGGAGGGCGGGAACGACGGCCUCGUGAGUGUGCGCAGCGCGCAGUGGGGCGAGUUCCUCGGCGUCAUGGAGAACUGGGACCACUGGGACAUUCGCGGCCCCGGCGGCCCGCACCGCCUGCGUGUGACCGAGGAGACGUCGCAGGCGUGGUCGCUCAGCCGGCUGUGGUCCACGCUGCGUGACGCGUGGUCGGGCCAGCGCGCGGCGCCGGCGCCGGCGCCGCCCGAGCGCGCGUGGGACUGGCACGAGGCGGCGCUCAGCGAGUACGACGAGCGCUCGCAGGCGAGCCCGUCCGAGACGCCGCUGCCGCCGGCCGUGUACGCGCUCAGGACCCUGUACGAGAAGCAGCUGGACUCGUCCGAGGAGGCGGGCAUGGCCGAGCGCCUCGCGCGCUGGAUCUCGUCGCACCUGCCGACCGACGGCGCCGCGCCGGACGGCCGCGCGAGCGAGGCGCGCGCCGACGCGCCGAGGGAGCGCGAUUCCGAUACCUCGAUGCUGCUCGAGUACCUGACAGCGAAGCGCGCGCCGUCGUCGCUGUCGGACGACGGGGCCGAGGCGCCGGACGACCGCGGCACGGCCGGCGCGCAGGCGCCGUCGACCGAGACGCCCAAGCUGCUCACGCGUGCGGAGCGCCUCUCUACGGCGUUCAUCGAGCUGUUCCCGUAUAUGCUAUAUGCGGGCCAGGAGGCCAUGGCGCCCAAGGACGACACGUUCGUGCGGUUCUGGGCGGCCGUGUGUCGCCACCUGCAUGAGGAGGGUCUAUAG